CCCCCCGGCAGCUUGCCGAAAGUCCGUGUACGUAAGUGUGCACGCGCGCGCGAGGCAGCCGGCAGACCGAAGCUAGCCGAGGAGGCAGGUUCUAACUCCCAACUCCAAUGAGCUCGCAGCCAGACACACACUCUCACUCUCAGACACACACUAAACACUCUGCUCCGCGCUCUCUCUUCAACCCUGGGACACGGAGGAGCAGCAGAAAGAAGACGGAGCGGAGGAGAGAGGGGGAGAAAGGCAAGAGGGAGACUGGCGGAGUGUGAGGGAGGAUCAACCAUGGCUUCAGAUCCGGGGCUGGCUGUGAUACUGCUGUGGACUAUAUCACUCAGGGCUGUAGGCGCCGCAGGAACCAGCAGCAAUGAGGUGAAUCUCCUUGACACGACAACGAUAACUGGAGACUGGGGCUGGCUGACGUAUCCAUCCCAUGGGUGGGAUGCCAUUAACGAGAUGGACGAGUAUUUUACCCCGAUUCACACAUACCAGGUGUGUAACGUGAUGAGCCCCAGUCAGAACAACUGGCUGAGGUCUGGCUGGAUCCCUCGAGAAGGAGCCAGGAGGAUCUACAUCGAGGUCAAGUUCACCCUGAGAGACUGCAACAGCAUGCCUGGAGUUCUGGGUACCUGCAAGGAAACCUUCAACCUGUUCUACUAUGAGUCGGACAGAGCCGUGGGCUCGGCCAUACGGGAGAACCAGUUCAUUAAGAUUGACACCAUUGCUGCAGACGAGAGCUUCACAGGCGUGGACCUGGGGGUCCGCAGACUGAAGCUCAACACUGAGGUGAGAGGGGUGGGCCCUUUGAACAGACGGGGCUUCUACCUGGCCUUCCAGGACAUCGGCGCCUGCAUCGCCCUCACCUCGGUCCGGGUCUACUACAAGCGCUGCGUGGGUGUCAGCCGCAACUUGGCAGUUUUCACGGACGUAGUGACGGGGGCCGACUCAUCCUCGCUGGUGGAGGUCAGGGGUCAGUGCGUUGACCACGCUGAGGAGAGGGAUACCCCGAAGAUGUACUGCAGCGCGGAGGGCGAGUGGCUGGUGCCCAUUGGACGGUGCGUGUGCUCAGCCGGCUUUGAAGAGCACAGAGACUCCUGCGUUGCCUGUGAGGUGGGUUUCUAUAAGCCGGUGGCAGGCGACGGCCCCUGUGGGAAAUGUCCCCAACACAGCCACUCGGAGACCAGAGCCGCCGUCUCCUGCCCCUGUGACUCCAACUACUACAGGGCGGCAGAUGACCCGCCAGCAGCACCCUGCUCACGCCCUCCAUCCGCUCCAGUGAACGUCAUCUCCUCAGUCAACGGCACGUCUGUGGUCUUAGAGUGGGAUCGGCCGCUGGACACCGGGGGACGCAGCGACCUGCAGUACAGCAUACUGUGCCAGAGGUGCUCAGGGGACGGGCCCUGUGAGGACUGCACAGCUUCCCCCGGAGGCAGCAGUGGGGGGAAGGUGGGCGGUGGGGCCAGCAUCGGGCUGGGCGGUGGGGGCAUCGUGGAGCGCUCCGGCAGCGCCGCGGUCCGAUUCAUUCCUCGCCAGAGCGGUCUGACGGAGUCCCGGGUGACGGUGCUCAACCUGGUGGCCCACACCAACUACUCCUUCCGCAUCCUGGCCACGAAUGCUGUGACACACCUGAGCAACGAGGCUUCACCGUAUACUGUGGUCAACAUCACAACAAACCAGGCAGCCCCAUCGGAAGUGUUAUCCAUCCGCCAGGAGAACGCCAGUCAGAACAGCGUGACUCUGAUGUGGCAUGAACCCGACCAGCCCAACGGAGUCAUCCUAGAGUACGACCUCAAAUACUAUGAGAAGGACAAUGAAGAGCAGAGUUACUCCACCCUAAAAACUAGAAACACUAGUGCUCUUGUGUCGGGGCUGAAGCCGGGGACAAAGUACAUCUUCCAGGUUCGGGCCAGAACGUCAGCAGGCUGCGGACGCUUCAGCCAGAACGUCGAGAUCCAGACUGGAAAAGCAGCUCCUCUGCGUUACAACACCAUGACCAUCAUCUGGAUCUCCUUGGCCCUGGUGUCCGGCCUGGUCGCCUUCCUGGCCAUCAUCAUCUGCAGGAAACGGCAAGGCUACACUUUACCACACUACCCGUCGCUGCUACACUGCGGCUACAGCAAAGCGUUCCAGGACUCCGAUGAGGAAAAGAUGCAUUACCAGAAUGGUCACGUGUCAUUCCCCGACGCGAGGUUCUAUAUCGACCCGCACACGUACGAGGACCCCUGCCAGGCGGUCCACGAAUUUGCCAGAGAAAUUGAAGCUUCCAGGAUCAAGAUCGAGAAAAUUAUCGGCUCAGGAGAAUUCGGAGAGGUGUGUUACGGACGGAUGAGGCUUCCUGGGAAACGAGACAUCCCCGUGGCGCUGAAGACGCUGAAGGCGGGAUACACUGAGAAACAGAAGAGGGACUUCCUAGCUGAAGCGUCCAUCAUGGCCCAGUUUGAUCAUCCAAACGUUAUCCGACUGGAAGGGGUGGUAACUCACAGUAAACCGGUGAUGAUCAUCACAGAGUACAUGGAGAAUGGCUCUCUGGAUGCCUUCCUGAGGAGACACGAUGGCCAGUUCACCGUCAUCCAGCUGGUCGGGUUGCUGCGCGGCGUCGCGGCAGGUAUGACCUACCUGUCCGACCUGGGCUACAUCCACCGGGAUCUGGCCGCCCGCAACAUCCUGGUCAACAGCAACCUGGUGUGUAAGGUAUCUGACUUUGGCCUGUCCAGAGUCCUGGAGGACGACCCCGACGCUGCAUACACCACCAGUGUGAGUUUUCACAUUGAGGGUGGAAAAAUCCCAAUCCGCUGGACGGCUCCCGAGGCCAUAGCCUACAGGAAGUUCUCCUCCUCCAGCGACGUGUGGAGCUACGGCGUGGUCAUGUGGGAAGUGAUGUCAUACGGAGAGCGGCCGUACUGGAACCUCACCAACAGAGACGUCAUUAAGUCUGUGGAGGAGGGCUACCGGCUGCCUGCGCCGAUGGGCUGCCCCGCUGCCCUGCACACGCUCAUGCUGGACUGCUGGCAGAAAGACCGCAACGAGAGGCCGCGCUUUUGCCAGAUAGUCACCGUUCUUGACAAGCUAAUCCGCAACCCAGAGAACCUGAAGUCCAUGGACACUCUCUGCAGUCUAAGCAGUCCUCCGUUAAUGGAGAGAGCCAUCCCUGACUUCAGCAGCUGUAACUCCGUAGACGAGUGGCUGGACACCAUAAAGAUGGGCCGAUACAAAGACCACUUUGCAGCAGGGGGCUUCCACACUCUGGGACACGUCAUAAGCAUGAAGCAAGGGGACAUCCAGAGGCUCGGCGUGACGCUCAUGGGUCAUCAGAAGAAGAUCAUGACCAGCGUCCAGCUAAUGAGAGCGCAGGUCCUCAACAAGAGCGUCCCAUCGGUCCACGUAUAACUCCAGAGCCGAGGUUACUGACUGCGUUACUGGCCCAGGCUUUUGUAAGGCCGAGACGGACGCCUUGAAACACAAAAACGACAGGUAAACGGGACGAGACGCUAUCUAAGAACUUUUCAAGAUUUUUACUUGAGCGUUGAAAAAGAAAACGUAAAGGGAUCGUCUGUGGAAGCAAGGAAACGAGACAUCUUUGGGACCUACCUUUUCUUUUUCUCUUCCUACUGAAUAUAAUUUUAUCUCUUGUUUAAGAAUGAAAAGACUGCCUUAAUUAUGAGAUAUUAUUUUAAGUUUGUUGUCUACAAUGAAAAAAUAAUAAUAAUUUAUGGUGAAUAUAUGAGAGUAGUGUGAUUUCCAGUCCCAGGGAAGAGCCUGAGCCCUGCGGUGACGUAGCACAGGUCGCUACGUUCUGAUGCCGCUGUAGAAAGGCAGCAAUAAACUUUAGAAGAGAGCGGUUCAGAAUGAGACGGACGUGAAGAACAUGAGCCGGGGCUCACCUGAGGGGCCCGGGGCUCACCUGAGGGGCCGGGGCUCACCUGAGGGGCCGGGUCAUCUCCAGCUUCACCCCAGAUUUUAGCUCUGACAACGGGCUGCGGUGUCAGAUCUGCUUCCCAACACGAACCGCGCUGGAGAUCUAGAACCUCCUGGCCGUCCGGCCUGCAGCUGCUGUACCUGGAAGAUGUGUGUAACUCAACUUUAGUGCACUUUAUUCUACAAUCUUUCCGUGUUCAAGAGGCUUUCUGGUUGAAACACAACUGAACACACUUAGCUAGCUAAAGAAUUAGGUGAUGUACCACAUCUUUUAUUUACCAGACAAAAAAAAAAAAGCGAAUCUAAAAGCUAAAGCCAGCAACACUCAGACAGUUGGGAGAUGCUUCUGCUUUUUGUUUUGUUUUGGGGGGUUUGUGUGUGUUAACAUUACAUGCGGUGCACAGGUAAAUCUGUGGCCAGCUUGCUGAAUAAGGGAUUCUCAGUCUACCUCACUCUCUCAGCAGGAGACAGAUCUGGACUGCAGGCAGGCCAGCUGAGCACAAAGUUACUACAGAAACUUUACAAUAGAAAUAAAACUCCAGAGAAACAAAACAAUGUUGUGACUUUAGCAUGUUUCCAAAGUAGCAUUCAGUUAUCCAUGCUGUGCCAUCCCAUAAUACCAGAAAUAUGGACUUUUACUUGUUUUUUGAAAAAUUAUUUAGAUCUAAUAUUUAAACAGUCAAAACCAGGUUAGUGUGAUAAUGUAUCAUUUUGUUUUGAUCCAACUCUCUUUGCUUCAACAGUGUCUUUGCUGCGACAGGUUAGCUUAACAAACAGGAGCAUAAAAACAAGCAGUUUUUAUGUUGCUGUUGACAUAUUCAAAUUUCUAAAGAUGAAACAUUUAAAUCUAAGAAUAUCUUUGUAAUCCAUUCAGACGGUAGUGGAUGUGGUUGUCACUAACAUUUGGUUUUUAGUUCAUAGUUAUUUAACAAUAAAGCUACUUUGUUUGCCUCUCCUAACUGUCUUCAGAGUGUUACGGUGCUAAUAAACGGAAAUGAUGCUAACUCUAGAUUUUUGAUUUGUCUGGCAUAUAAAGGCUGAAAGAAACUAACGACAGAUUUGUUUUUUGCUUAACUAAAAGAGAAACCUUUGAAAAUAAGGUUUGUAUAUAAAUUAAUAUAUUUUAUAUUGACUGUAUAAACACACAUUACAAUGUGUUUUGAAAAGCACAUCAUUUGACAGGUUUUCUGGGGUCCAUUCUUAAAGGGAUGCAUUUUCUUAUUAGAGCAGCCUUUGAUUCAGGAAUCGAUUCAACUUAAGCACAUUUUUAAUGGGGGAAAAAAAAGGUUUUACUUUCUUAAAGAUCAGAAGUUUCACAUCAAGGUGAAUCUGUGAUGAGACAAAACGGUGGCCCAGCUGCCAGCACCGCCGUCUUACAGCAAGAAUCUCCUGGGUUUGAAUCCUGGCUUUGCUUCUCGGGUUGUUGGAGUUUGCAUGUCGUCCUUCGUAGACGCCUGGGUUCUCCCUGGGUACUCCAGCUUCCUCCUGCUGCUCAAAACUUUACAUGUAAUUUACCCUUUUGAGUGUGUGUGUGUGUGUGUGUGUGCGUGUGUGUGUGUGUGUGUGUGUGUGUGUGUGUGGGCGUGUGUGUGUGUGUGUGUGUGAUUGUGAUGGACUGCUGGUUUGUCUGAGAUGUUACCCCUGUGCUGUCCAAACGUGAUUGCGCCCACACAGAUUUCUCCUGGGAUUCUUUUUGACACUUUUCAGAUCAUUAAACACAUUUUAAAAUCAGACAAAGAUAACACGACUAAAUACAUAAAGCAGGUUUUAAAAAUGAAUUCAAUAAUAAAUGGAUAUAAUAAGGAAAUGAGGCCCUGCACUCCAACCUGGCUGUAGGUUGGUUUCAUUUACAUUUUGACUCCAUUUAUUUUUCCUGAAAUAAAUAAGAUCAUUAGAAAACAGUGUUUCAUAUUAAUCCAGGUUGUCCUUGUCUGUUGUUAACAUUUGUUUGACAAUCUAAAAUAUUUGCCUGUACUGUUAGCUCAUAGCUGGCUAACUCAAACACAGUACCUAACUUUAUAGCUGCCAAUUUGAACAAAUUAAUAACAAGUUGUGUAAUUUAAGUAGCGCUCUUAAAAUAACAGGAUUAAAGUAAAUUAUGAGCAUUUGUAAAAACUGAUAUAUACUGUAUAUUAAAAAAAAAGAAUAAAUAUUGAUCUUAUGAGCAAAACAAUGACUUUUACAAAGACAUCCAGUCUAUCCAAUAUGUGCGACAAAGCAUUUCCUGUUUGCUAAGUCAAGACAAAAUCAGCGUUGAUCCAAAUGCCUUCCAAACUAGCAGAUAAUCGAUAUAUUUCCAAAUGUAGAAAUGUCACAAAUUACAGUCACUAUUUCUGCUCAGUUUAUUGAUAUUUAUUCUAUAAGUCUUUCAUGCCAAAAUAUCACACUGCAUAUGUUUCACAUCAGAUUUACACCAUAAUAUCUUGUCGCUGUGUCAUCGAAUGUCCGCUGUGUGACCAGAUGUGGACGUUUCCCAUUCGACCCAGAAGUUAGAGCUCAGAUCUGGAACCAGGUUGACAUGAAGAUCAGCUUUUAGUUGUGCUCUUAAGUGCCAUCAGCAGCACAAGUCCUUUUGGUUUUCCUCUCCAUUUUUUUUUUUUUUUUUUUGUGUGUGUUGAAACACAAAGUGUCAGAUGUGCUAAUGACUACGUGCCAUGUCACCAAUACUGGAAGCUGUUAUUGGACUCAUGUUGGUAACCUCCAGAUAUCAGCAUUCUGGUUUCAGGCACCGUUCUUGCUGUAGAGCUGAAUGGGAAUUCAGAAAUUGUGAUUUCUGAAUAGAAAAUGGUGGUAAAAUUAUACAUUUUUGAAUGUGUUUUUUUUUCCUUUUCUUUUCUCAAGGAAGAAAUGUAGCACAACUGAAAAUCCUUGUGUUAUUUUUUUACUUUCUUUUUUUUUUUUUUCAACUACAUGGUAUUCCAUCUGAAAUCUACUGAAGUAACUUCAGGAUCAGCGCUGAUUCUUUUUAGAUGACCCAAAAGUAAAUACAGUGCCUUUAAAAAGUAUUCACCCCCUUGAAUGUUUUCCCUUUUUGUUGGUUAUGAUUUUAUUAAUCAAUCCUAAUCAACAGAAUUUGGCUUUUUUGAAAAAAAUAACCCCAAAAAAUAUUACAAAAUAAAAUUUUUAUAAUGUUAAAGUGAGAAUCGAUUACUACAAAAAUAAUUACAAUUGAAUAAAAAUAUGCAUGUAGUUAAUGGGGAAUAUUCAUGUAACACUUAUUUUAUGUGAAAUAGUUUAUUUAAUUGUCAUUAUUUUGUAGAAACACAUUUUUACUUCAACAUUAAAGCAUUUUAUGUCAACUCUUUGGUCCAAAAAGCCGAACUUUGCUGAUCAUGAUGGAUCGAUAUAAAGUGAAGAACAUCCAAGGGAAUGAAUAUUUUUUAUUGGUACUGUAUCUGCAGACAUAGAUCUGUGUGACUAUGAGGUACAACAUGACAAAUAAACUGCAAAGGCUGUAAAAUAAAGUGUUACUUUGACAUCUGCUCACAUGGUUUGCCUCAGUUCUGAUAAAAGGCAAAGAAGAACAUGUCAGUGAAAUGUUUGCAAAUGAAAAACUUUGCCUAAACUUCUAAAGCUUGUCCGAUUUGCGCGAACAGGAGAAUGUCUUUUCUGGCAGAACUCCCUCCGGGUGGUUGAUACUGUUUUUAUUAGAGAACUUUAUUAUAUUUCUUGUAUUAUAGUGACAUUUUACUACUGGUUUCAGACUUUUGUUUUCCUUUUGGAUGCUAUUGAAGUCACAGGGCUUGAACUGUAAAUCCAUAUUUUCUAAAGCUCGGAUCUGUUUUUUUUUUGCCAGAUGAAUUGAUUUAUAACGUUUACAGGAUGUUCAGUCACUGGAAGGACGAAAAAAGACCCAAUUUGUUCACAUCUCAUUAUUUAUUCAGACGUUUUGUUUCAUAAACAAUACCAACUCUGAAAUGAUCUGUUGUCAUUGAUGAGUCAUCCUUGUUGCUAAUGAUAAGUCAUAAAUGUGCAAACUGUUCAUAAAGACACAAUAAAGGAAUGUUCAUCUGAA